UAUUUUUUUUUUCAAUUGUGUUUAGUGUUUUCAGAUCAACCCACAAAUGUGGGGGCAGAAGAGGAAAGCGAGUGUGCAAAAUCCUCAGAAUUAGGUUGAAAGAGUGCGCAUCCUUAAAUGCUCCCAUUUCCAGAAUUGAAUUGACUUGAAUUUACAGUUGUUGUAUUUAUAUGGUAAUGAGAUGUCAGAAAACGAAGAUUUUAACGACACCGAAGCAGAAGCGGAGCUCAGCGAUGAGCAGAAGGUGGAGAUUGCCAAAUGGUUCCUCCUUAACUCCCCCGCCGGCGAAAUUCAAUACGUUGCCAAAGAUAUUCGAGCAGUGUUGAACGAUGAGAAUGUGUAUACGAUGGCGGCUGAAGAGGCAUUUCCCUUGUACAACAAGUCGCACUUGAUUUGCCUCCAAUUGCCCAACCGAGCUGGAGAUGUGUUGAUUACAUCAUUUGGAGAGAUUAGUAAAAAUGAGUAUAUUGAUCCUAGGACUGCCAAUGUUGCAAUAGUUGACCAUGUCAAACAAGUAUGUAAAGAGGUUAGACCAGCAAGUGAUGAGGAACUUCCAUCAGCAUAUGUUGAAGAUUAUCGAUGUGCCUUGGAAGCAGAAGCAACGAAGUAUGUCAGUGAAGCAUAUCCAAAAGGUGUCUGUGCAGUAUACUGUACCAAAGGAAAGGACGUGGAAGAACAAGGAUCUAACUUCGAGCUUGUUGUAGUGAUUUCAGCUGCUAGACUCAGCCCUCAGAAUUUUUGCAAUGGUAGUUGGCGAUCAAUAUGGAGUGUUGAGUUUAAAGAUGAGGUACAAAUGGUGGAAGUGAGAGGGAGAAUGCAGGUUGGUGCGCACUACUUUGAAGAGGGAAAUGUCCAGUUUGAUGCAAAACAUGAAUGCAAGGAUACAACAUUAAUUCAGUCCCCAGAUGAUAGUGCCAUGUCCUUGGUCCACAUUAUUCGACAGCAUGAAACUGAGUAUCUGAAUUCUCUUCAGAAAUCCUAUUUGAAUUUGUCAGAUACUACUUUCAAGGACCUCCGAAGGAAGCUUCCUGUGACUCGGACAUUAUUCCCGUGGCACAGCACUAUGCAGUUCAACCUUGUGAAAGACAUUACCAAAGAACUUGGACUCGGAAAAUAGAAGCAUUUGUGUCGUGUUUACGUAAAUAUUAUUGGAACACAACAAGACUUUUUCUUAAAUAGGGCAACUUCUCUUUCCCGAGUUUGCGAGUUUACAUCCUUCUUCUUCCUUCAUCUGGUGUAUUUCUUCUAGAGACUUCCAUUUUCUUUGUUCCUUGAAUUGCUUCAUGGAUGUGGGUUGUCUUGUCUUGUGGAGAUGAAAGUAUUUCCUUUGAGUUGAACUAUGAUACAUAUAUUGUUGAGAAUUGUAAAGCAUUAAAAGGAUUGCCCUUAUUUUCA